GCCGGUUCUGUAAAGAAGCUCAAUUCCCCCCCCCUGUACUCUUUUUUCCCUAUUUUGUUAGUUUCCUCGUUCGUUCUUUCACCGCCGUGUUGAGUUCGUUGUCCUGUGCUGUUCUCCUGCAAACCUCACCGACCGCCCCCCUGUCCGCUGCGAGUGUUGGAGGCGUUUCGUUCACCCGUCUUUGUUUUUCUUUAUACGGUUCAAACUCAGAUCCUGUGCCCCCCCCCCUGUUGAUGCAAUAGCGCAUUUCAUUGACAGGCACUGCGGCACCUCUUCUGUUCUUCAGUAAGUAUAUUGUACCUUUGUGAUUCCCACAGCGGAGUCGGAGCGUGUUUGUCGAUCGGCGCGGACCAGCACCGAAGCAGGCCACCACACACGGCGACAACAGCGGCGAAAGUCCGCGGUUGCCACGGGCCAGCAGCAAGACAGCACCGCACGUAUUUGCACACGUGUACGCUCCGCCAUCUUAUUUGAGAGUGAGCGCACUUGUGUCGCGUGGUGCCUCCCGUACACUCACCAAAAUCUUAAACGUUAUUCCCUCUUUGUGUAUUUGUCCCGUGGCGCCUCCUCUUGCUCCCUUUUUACGCAAGAAUUGUCUCCAUAACGACAAGCUAAAACCCGCAGACCACGAUCUUUUCUAUCGUCGCGACGACGCCCCUCCACCAUGAACGUCAACUACCUCAUCAGCGUCCCCAGCGGUGUGGCGGCGUUCGACGGCGUGAAGAAGCUGCUGGCGCACGCGAUGGCCUUCCCGGUCGAGGAGGGCAAGAGCGGUGCCGUUGACGUGCCAAAUUUGUUCUGCGGCUGCGACCCGGAGGAGCAUCCGCUCGGCUCCGGCGGCGGCACGGUGCACCUGCUGCACGAGUGCUACACCGAGGAGCAGCGCCGCGCGCCUCCCGCGAUGCGCAAGUCGUUUCUGUCGUGGCUGCGGCUGGGCGACAGCGACGGCCGUGUGAUUGUGCACGCUGGUGGGCUGAGCCGCCGGUUGCCGGCCUACGCGACGUUGGGCAAGGCGCUGCUGCCGCUGCCGCCGUGCCACUGGCAUCGUGGCAGCCAACUGACCCGCGCGCUGCUGUCCACGCAGAUGCCCCUGUACCGCGCGUUGAUCGCGAGCGCCCCGUCCAACCUGCGGACGCUGGUGGCCUGCGGCGACAUCUGCGUCUACGUGAAGGGCGCCGUGCCGUCGCUGGCGCAGUUCACGGACACGGACGUGCUGUGCCUGGGCGUGCGCACCGAUGCGCAGGUGCUGCAGAACCACGGCGUCUUCUUCAUGUCGCGCCGAAAGCCGUUUGACCUGGAAUUCAUGCUGCAGAAGCCGUCGCUGGCGGAGGUGCGGCGGUGCGCGACGGAGGGCGACCGCUCCUUCCUGCUCGAUGUCGGGCUGUGGGUGCUGAGCGACCGUGCGGUGGAGGUGCUGGCCCGCCGGUGCCUCGGCGCUGCGCUGGACGACGGCGCGGUGAACGGUGAGGGCCUCGACGGCCAGCGCCACACCGCGGUGCGCAACCCCUGCGACCUCUACUCCGAGUUCGGCGCGGCGCUGGGCUCCAACUGCGCGCGCGCGGACCCGGAGGUGACGGCGCUGAAGGCGAGCGUGCUGGAGAUUGCGGAUGCGGAGUUCCUGCACUACGGCACGAACCGGCAGCUGAUCUCCUCGUCGCGGACGCUGCAGGCCUGCGAGUCGCCGACGCCGUCGUGGUCGUGGAGUGCGCCGUUUGACGGCAUCUUGGUCCGCGAGCGCUGCGAGAACGGCUCCAGCCCGGAGGACCUGACGGCGGUGGAGGCGCACUCUGCCAGCGACACCGCGAACUCCGCGGCGACGGAGUUGGACUUCACCGCUGGCGAUGCGCUGCCGCUGCUGGCGACGCCGUCGUCCGUGCUUGUUCACAACGCCGUGGUGCUCGCGCCGCUGGACGGGUCUGCGGCUGCGGCGACGGCGCCCGCCGGUAUGCCGAAGCGCCCCGUGGCGCACCUGUGGGUGGAGAGCAGCUGGAUCGGUGCGAGGUGGACGCUGCGGGACGGCCAUGUCCUGACCGGCGUCCCGCAGAACAACUGGGAGCUGGACCUGCCGCUGGGCACCUGUGUGAGCGUGGUGCCGGUGGUGCGGGGGCGGGUGCGGGACGGGGCGGCGGACGGGGACACGCCGUACGCGGCGCGCCCGUACCACAUCGAUGACGCCUUCCGCGGUGAUGUGCGCUCUGCGACGACGGUCUUUAUGGGUGUCUCGCUGCACGAGUGGCUGACCAGCCGCGGCCUCGCGGUGGACGACCUGUACCCGGUCCACGCGGACGUGUCGAAGCCGCUCGACAUUUACAGCGCGGCGCUCUUCCCCGUUUGUGCCACGACCGACCAGCUCGGUGAUUUCCUGUACCUGGCGACGUUGCCGGUGAGCGUGGCGGGCGAUGCAAGCGCCGUGGACGCGCGACGGCUGGCGGCUGGUCAGGCCGUCUGGCACACCCAGCCGCGUGUCUCGGCCAUGGACCUGCUGCACGUGACCGACAUCCCGACCCAGCUGCGCAACAGCGAGUACUACGAGCGGCGCAUGCUAACGCUGACGGUAGCGCUCGUCGCGUCGAGCGCGGAGGAGGUGACAGACGAGCUGGGCUGGUCGCUGCCCUCCACGCCCGCGGGAACGGCGGCGGCGCGGCCUGCCGGCCUCACUGCGCGCUCCUCCGUGUUGUCGGCGCCGAUGGUGUCGCUGCUGCAGCAGCAGUUCUUUUUGCUGGACCUGAACGUGGUGGCGCAGCGCAUGGUGGAGCUGGGUGUCGGCCUGCCGGUGACGAGCGGGGUGACGGCGCACCGCCGUACGGCACGCAAACGGCGCCGCAGCAGUGCCGCGGACGUGGGCGACGCCGCUGGUGCGGCUGCGGUGGAGGGCGAAGACGGUAACGGCGUCGUGUCUCCUGUGUCGUGGGCGCACAUCUUCACGAGCGACUCCGGCCUCGGCGGCGCGGGCGCCAACUCGCCGCCGUGCUCCGUCUCACCGCACCUGGUGGCGGCGCACUACCACAUCUUCGUGCGUCGCCUCGCCGAACUGCAGCUGGCGGCGAUCCGGGCUGCUGGACCGACCAUGGGUGCGGAGGAGAAGGCGAAGCGCCUGGCGCUGCUACACGCUUCCUCCGUCGAAGCCGCCGAGGAGCUGGUCGAGCGCCACGACGCAGCGGCCUUUGCGGAGCUGCGCACCGCCAUCAUGGACUCCUACCCGAGCGAGCGCAACACACCGAGGCUGGGUGUGCAGCUGGAUCAGAUCAUCUGGGGCCGCUCCCCUAUCCGCAUGGACCUCGCCGGUGCGUGGACUGACACGCCGCCGUACACCCUUCUGAAUGGCGGCUGUGUCAUUAACGUGGCUGUGGAGCUCAACGGGCAGCCGCCUGUGCAGGUGUACGUGCGUGUGCGCCGCGACGACCCGACCAUCGUGGUGCACUCCAUCGACUCCGGCGCGCGCACGGUGCUGCGCAGCUACGACGACAUCCGCAGCUACGCCACUAUGCUGAACCCCUUUUCGAUCCCCAAGGCGGCGCUCGCGCUGAGCGGCUUUCUGCCGGAGUUCUGCACGACGGCGUACGCGUCGCUGCAGGAUCAGCUGAAGGCCGACUUCGGCGGGCACGGGCUGGAGAUCUCGUUGCUGGUGGCGAUCCCCACUGGCUCUGGUCUCGGCACCAGCUCCAUCGUCUCUGGUGUGGUGAUGCGGUCGCUGGCCGAGUUCUGCCAGCUGCGGUGGGAUGAGCACGCCGUGUGCCGCCGCGUGCUGCUGGUCGAGCAGAUGCUGACGGCGGGCGGUGGCUGGCAGGAUCAGUACGGUGGUCUUUUUGAGGGCCUGAAGCUCGUGCAGUCGGUGCCGGGCCUGCCUGCCACGCCCACGGUGCGCUGGAUGCCCACGGGCAUCUUCACCGACCCACGCUUUGCCUCCUGCCACCUGCUGUACUACACCGGCAUCACGCGCAUGGCGAAGGGAAUUCUGGCGGAGGUUGUGCGGGAUGUGUUUCUUAACAACAGCGCCAAGCUGCAGCUGCUGCACGAGAUGGGCGGCCCACAAACCGCUGCGAUGUACGACAAGAUCACGACAAUGGACUACAAGGGCUAUGCCCGCCUGGUGCAUCGCACCUGGGAGCAGAAGAAACGGCUGGACGAUGGCGUGUGCAACCCGCAAGUGCAGGCGAUCGUGGACGUUGUGGAGCCGUACGUUUGGGGCCAGCUGCUGCCUGGUGCGGGUGGCGGCGGCUACCUGUACAUGUGUGCGAAGGACGAGACGUGUGCGCGCAGGAUUCGCGAGCUUCUCACGGCGAACCCGCCGAACCCGUACGCGCGCUUCGUGGAAAUGAGCGUGUCGACAACUGGAAUACAGAUCAGCCGCUCGUGA